AUGUUGAACCUUGCACGAGUUGGCCUUUGCAGAAAGUUUUUUAAAGUCUCGUCAUUCAACAACGGAUCAUCAUUUCCCAUGGUAAAUGUUUGGAAGACGACCCGGUUUUCUUCUUCCAGUUUGUCUUGCUCGUUUCAUUCUUCACUAUUUAUAAAACAGAAAGAAGAAGCAGGACAUUCUUUUUCGGAACACUCUCCAUCCCGUAAUAAUAAUAAUAACAAUAACAAUUUUGAUACAUCAUCCUCGUCAUCAUCCCCACAACAAAAUAUUGAUCCCGAAGUCAUUCGGUCCAUUCAUCAAAGAAUUUCUGAAUACUCCCAGAGAGUACAACAAGCUCGUUCCGAGGAUCCAACAGCCUCUUUCAAAAGUGUUCUCUCUCCACAAGAACAAAAGGACAUUGCUUCAUGCUAUAAUAAUUUAGGAUUUUACUGCUUGCAAAAAUUGAACAAGACCAAAGAAGCCUUGUUUUACUUUAUGCAAAGCCUUCAACUCAAUUUUAACAAUGAUCCAAUCAUUCUAUUUAAUGCAGCCUCUUUAUUUGAGAAGGAAGGAAAUAAGCCUGAAUCUGCUGCUGAAUUAUACUUGAGGGCCAUACGAAUGGAUCCCUAUUUUGUGGAUGCUAAAAUUCGUUUGUCACGAAUUUGGGCAUCUAAUGCUGAAGAGAGUUCUCGAUUUCAAGGAACUGAAUAUUUGUUAAAAGAUCUCAUGGAUACACAUAACCAUUUUGGAGCAGUCUUGGAAUUGGCCAUGUUAUAUUCGAGAAAGGGAGAACAUUUUGAACAAUAUCGAGAACUAGUCGAGGAAAUGUUGGACAAGUUAUUGAAAAAAUUUGAGGAUGGAGAGGAACAUGUAGUCGACUUGAAAGAAACACAAGUAAUUGCACCUGAUUCAUACAGAAAUGAGUUGAUAUCUCACUUGGAUUCUUACAUGUCCGGCCUAAGGAAUAGUGACAUGGGAAAAACACUCCAACUUGAAGAUCCUGCCUCCGGAAACCUUGUGAAUUUAUCGCUUGAAGACGAGGAAAGCUCAAACGGAGAGUCAUAUCCAUCAUUUGAAAUGGCAGACAUGUCUUAUCGGUACCACGCACAAGAUAGCGAUCGAGUGACUGCCUUGGAUGUCAUUUAUGUCAAAACGUACAUUUUGAAGAAAUUCCAAAGACAAUUCGAAGCCAAACAGUUAUUCGAUAGCAUCAUUCAAAUUGUUGACAACAAGGACUUUUCAUCUCCAUUCGCAAAACUAUUCUCGAAUUUGUCACAGAAAGAAAUUGCAAUGCUCUACAUGAAUUGUGCCAUUUUGUACAAUGGAAUGGGUGAAGUCAACGAAAGCAUUGCUCUCCUUGAGAAAGCUUUUGAUUUAACGAAAGGAAAGGAUGUGAAUGUGAUGGCAUGUUUGGCUUACUACAUUCAAGAAAAGAAUCCACAAGUUUCUGAUUUACUUUUCAAACGAGUGAUUGCUCUGGAGCCAGAAGAAGUUCAACACUAUAUUGCUUACAGUACGUUCCUUCAUCAUCAAUCAAGGACGAACGAUGCUGUUAGGCUUCUUGAGAGAACCAUUCGAAAAUAUCCACAUAUGAAAGAGGUACUUCAAAGACAAAUUGACAUGAUGCGCGGUUUAGGAAGUGAUGGUAACCUUUCUGAUAUGUUUGGAACGAAUAAUAACUAG